AUGAAACAAUCGCCUGAGUCUCGCGACCUGCCAGAGACUCCUCCACAUCAGUACCGCACCCCUAGAAGGCCUAGUCCACCAGGUCUUCUAACAACUGCUACGAAAAGCAUCACCGCACGAAAGCGAUCACCGCAGUCAUCGACAUCGGAAAGCACCCGUAAGCGAACAUCGCUGCCACGAGUUCAAUCAACUCUCACGCAAAUUGACUUUGUGACACAACCCACACCUUCGAAUGAUGACCAGCUCGCCUACAUUGACGAAAAUGAGCGUCGCGACAAUACCCAAGACACAACUCCGUGGCUAAAUGUAGAUGGUGGAUCGGACAAGGAUUCAAACCAUCUCCCCGCACCGCCAGUUCGGUCAGCUCGUAUCUCGAAAUUCAAGAUGAGUGAACGGGAGCGCGAUUCGGAUCAGCGCUCGAAGAAGCGGAGGAGCUCUGGACUCGUCAAUCGAGAUGCAAGCCGAAGUCAUGGACCCGGAAAGAACGAGACACCAAGGGCGAGUGUUCGUCCCAGGGGCGGUCGGAAAUCUCUGGAGAAGUCAACGGGAAAGCGGGACAAGACUUUAACUCAGAUGGACUUUGUACGACGUUACAUUACCAUCGAUGAUGAUGAGGACGACGUGAACAUGAGCUAUAUCCAGCCGACACCGCAGAAGAAUGAUGUGAAAGAUGAACAGACAGAACAUACGCCCAAACACAAGCAAUUACAAUCUACGAAGCGUUCAACCUCCGCCAAACGAAAGCGCAGAGCCUUUGAAGAAGAGCUGGAUCUCUCAACGGGGGAACCUAUAUCUCAACAAAAAGAAGCACGGGAGUCAAAUCCUGGAAGCGGAGGUGAGGGAGAGCGGGUAUCUGCAGCUCCUGUCACACCGCGGAAGCUUCGGACGCGCGAGAUACCUUCUUCACAGACCCCCGAAAGCCCGGGUCUCGCUAUUAUAACUUCAUCUCAAUUUCGCAGCGCUACUCGCUCUCCUUCGAAACGGAAGCCGUUAAACCCAACUGAUAAUCCCAUGAAACCUAUCAAAGAAGAACCCCCGGAUAUUCGGCGAGUAGUCGAGGAUUCACAAGACCCUGCAGGCGAAUCUUUGCCACGGCCAACAAUAUUCGAUUCUCCAAGCCUCUAUAACAAUUUGGUUCAUCCUGAUCUAACUACUACUGAGGAAUUCCCAUCAUCUGCACCUCCGACGGAGUCAACUUCCCAGGAAUUCCCCAUUGAAGCAAAUGGGGACUCGAGAAAUGGACUCACCAAGAGGGAGAGGACAGUGAUCUACGAAACGGAUGCGGACUCAGAGUACGGAGACAUUGAGGAAAACCUCAAUGGACAUUCCGUGACACCAUCUCCAAAGAAAACACACCGAGAAUUUGGUCCGCAUGACGGCUCACAGGCGACCCAACACAGCCCUGAGUCAUCUAAGGAUGAUUCCCAAGAACUUCCCCUACCAGAUGUGCAAUCGAGCCCUGGAUUGGAUGAUGCUCCUCCAUCCGAAGCUCCAAUGUCUGAUGCUUCAAUUUGCUAUCAAAGAAUGCACGCAGCUACACAGUUCCCGCACGAGCCAAUCCCAACGCUGAAUACACAGAAAAUGUCUGAGCUUUUCCCUCAGGGAGACAGUAGCCAGUACACAAAUUUGGAGGUGUGGAAGCCUUCCCUUCGAAAACAGGUACUGGGGCCAUUCUCUCAGACACAGACACAGACACAGAGUCAGGAAGGCGACAAAGAGUCUACUGAAAUGGUUCCCGAGUCAUCGCCCAUCCGUGAACGAGAACGUGGAAUCGAGACGGAUGAUAAUUCGUUCCAACGACCUCAUGUUCCCGGCUCAGUAGUUCAAGUUGAGUCCUCGCAGGCAGUGGACCGAGAUCCUCAAUGGCAAGGCCAGAUUCUCUCUCGAAGUCAGCUUCUUACAUCGAGCGUCAUGGAGAGCAUUCCGCUCCCGAACUUUUGGAUGGGAAGUCAGGAUAGUGUAGGAGAGCCUUACAACUUACCUGAAGGAUGA